AUGUCUCCUACUUCUCGUGAUCACAUAUCCGACCCCUUCAAAUGCUCUGCCCUCCUCAACAAAGGCCACUGGCUCGACCCCUCCCCCCGCUGGGCCUCACCCACCUCCUUCAAGAACUGGCAGCCGCCCGGCUGCAUGCUGCGCGAAUACAAACGCAAAGACAUCCAAGCGUGUUUCCAGAGCAAGCGCCUCGUCUUCGUGGGCGACUCCACCACCCGUCAGGUCUUCUGGGCCGUCGCGCAGAAACUGGAUCGCGAGAAGGCGGAUGCGGGGAUUGCGGAUAUGCUUAGGGUGAGGGACCAUAGACAUAUGGAUCUGGAGUUCUAUGCCGAGGGCGUGAUGCUGCAGUUUGUGUGGGAUGCGUGGUUGAAUGGGACGAGGUUGGGGGAGGAGUUGAAGGAUUUUACGGCGGUGGGGAGGAAGGAGAGUGUGGAGGAUGCGAAGAAGGGCUUGAAACAAUCGGCUGGUCUCAUUUUGUUGGGGGCGCCGGGACUCUGGUAUGCGCGACAUGGCGAGGAGAAUUAUCACAAGGAUUUUAGGGAUGCGAUUGAUGCUGUCAUACCGUAUAUGGAUCACAGUCUGAAUCCAUCCUCACCGAGAAGUGCUUUUGCUUCAAGAGAAUAUUCGCCGAAUCUGCUUUUACUGGCUCCAGUUCAAGUUCCAUGGUAUCAAGAUCUGUCGCCCUCCAGAGAGGAGACGAUUACACCUGAAAAGGUGGAUCAGAUGAAUGAUUAUUUGCAGCAGGUAUCGGCGAAUUCGAAAGCGGAUAUCCUCUGGAGUUACUCGUUGAUGACAUGGAAUCAACCUGGAGCGUAUGAAGAAAGUGGUCUUCAUGUGGUUAGCAAUGUUGCGCAUCGCAAAGCAGAUGUUCUGCUGAACUCGAGGUGUAAUUCUGACGCUUCGAUGAAGCAUUAUCCAUUUGAUGGAACCUGCUGCAAUAAUUAUGUGCAGGCUGGGUUUGCUCAAGACGUGAUCAUUUUCGUGGGAAUGAUCUUGCUACCUGCGCUGUUUCUAUUACGUCGGAAACAGCCUCGAAGAUUUAGCCGCCUACUCCCAUCAAUAGAAGUAACAGGUGCUCUAUCGGUUUUCACACUCGUGCUGUGUUAUUGCUUCUAUGCUGAUCGAACACAAAUUUUCGAAAAAGCACAUAGACAGUUUCGAAGUCAGGAAUUUGUCUAUGGUGUCGCGGCAGUUGCAGUGCUUAGUCUUUUGUCUAUUCGAAAGAACGAUCAGACCAACAUUGCAAUCAAAGAAGGCAGCUCUACUGAUCCUGGUUCCCUGGCUCGCGAGCAGACCGAAGAAUGGAAAGGGUGGAUGCAAGCCAUUAUCCUUAUCUAUCACUAUACUCAUGGUUCUCAACACUUGUGGAUAUACAUGAUCGUACGACUACUCAUUGCAUCAUAUCUCUUCAUGACCGGAUUCGGUCAUACCAACUACUUUUUACGAAAAGACGACUAUUCUUUAGGACGUGUCGCCAGCGUUUUACUUCGUUUGAAUCUUCUCAGCUGCCUCUUACCAUAUACCAUGCGAACCGAUUACGUCUUUUACUACUUUGCACCACUCGUCAGCUUCUGGUUCGUCAUCAUCUAUAUCACCCUUCGAAUCGGUCGCGGCUUGAACUCGAAUAUCUAUUUCCUCAUUGCGAAAAUCUUACUUUCCAUGGGUCUCACAACGGCAUUUACGAUGAUACCCGGUAUUCUGGAGUCACUUGCUUUUGUUCUACUCAAGUCUUGUAAUAUAUCUUGGGAUGUGACCGAGUGGAGAUUCCGCGUCUUUCUCGAUAUGUAUAUUGUUUAUGUGGGGAUGAUCAUGGCGAUUUUAUUCGACUAUACCCGGAAGUUGAGAGCUGGUCGCACACCAGCUACAUACCUCGAAAUUAUUAUCCAAUUCACAAACCGCUACCAAGGUCUUUGGAGGACUGGGCUCACGAUAGUAGCAGCGAUCCUCCUCCCCCUCUUCUGGAAAAUCAACAGCGUACACACGAAAAAAGAAGAUUAUAACUUCUGGAACCCAUAUUUAUCGUUCAUCUCCGUCCUCUCCUUUAUGGUCCUCCGAAACUCGCAUCGUUUGCUCCGUACAUACCAUUCCACGCUUUUUGCGUGGCUCGGAAGGUGUUCGCUGGAGACGUAUGUGCUGCAAUACCAUAUCUGGCUUGCAGGCGACGCGAAGGGGUUGCUGGGACUUGGACUAUUUGAUCCGAAGAUCGAGAUGGUCGUGCUUACGGUAUUGUUUCUUUGGGUUAGUUGGGGCGUUAGCGGCGCGACGCAGAUGUUGACGAGCUGGAUUGUGGAUGGCGGGACUGAGGCUAGGGGGUCUAGGAACGGACCUGGGAGUCCGGUGGAGUUGAGACUGCCGUACAGACGAGAGAAUGAUGAGGAGAGGGAAGAAGGGAAGGCAAAGGGUACGUGGCGUGCCCAAAAAGGAGAUGGGUAUCAAAGCUUACCGCUUAGACUUGGGGUUAUUGGGCUGGGGUUGUGGAUUGCUAAUGUUACGUAUCGGUGA